UCAUCAUUUAUACUUCGGCCAGCGUCUAGUGAACAAGUGUAUUUUUCCGCUCUCAGCACCGCAAAAGCAAUAAAAAUCUCCACAAUGAAAUACCUAGCAGUGGGAGUCAUUCUGGCCGCUUUAAGCUUCCAAGCGAUUGACGCCCUGAAGUGCAUGCAAGGUAUCGACGCCAAAAAGAACAACGGCAAUGAGGCUCAGAAGAGCGACAAACCGCUGGAAAUCACCGAAUGCGGUGCGGCAACCGCUGUGGCCUCGACUGCCCUGCUGGCUCUGGUCAAACCGAACAGCCUCACCAUCCCAUCCGGGGGCUACAAGUGCUACCACCUGAAAUACCAGGAGAAGAACUCGGAAAGCUCGACCAUCAUCAAGGGCUGCAUCUACAGCUCGCUGAACGUCUGCGAUGGAAAGUUCUCUUCGAGCAACAUCAACGAGGUGUUCUGCAGCCAGUGCGACGAGGACGGAUGCAACUCCGGUGGUCGCUUCGGUUUCGACCUAAAAUUACUGGGCUUAACCCUAGCCGCCUUGGUUGCAUACCUGCUGCAGUAGAGUGAUGAUGCUGCACAAGAAAAAAGUGAUUCAUCUUAAAUCUUCUAGUAUUUAGUGCUCUCGACUCGCUUUAGUGUGCGUGUUUCCUACGUUUCCGACGAUCGCUAUUUAAAUCGUAAUCAUUUAACUUUACAUUCAAGUCCAUACCAAAACACAAAACAUAAAACAAAGAAUAUACAAAUAUUUUAAAACAUACCAUCGAGUAAACCCAAGUGCUUAAACAGGAACUGCAAUCGCGCUACCAGCCAGGAGAAAAAAACGGAGGCCAAAAGUUUUCAUUUUUAUGGAAAAUCAAUACGGCUUCGUCGUGCUGAUUUCUUCACAAAUGAAAAACAAGCAACGACAGACAACGACGACGGAAGUGAAUCUCAUUUCUCCUUAACACUGUCUCAGGAUCUGAUGCUACUACAUAUACCGUAUAUUGCUAGCCCGUGCGUGGCUGCUUUAAUGUAUAUUUUUAACGCACCAAGGUUACGAUACGGAACAAAAUAAUAUUAUUUUUUUACUGGUCGUUUGAAUUUAGCGUAUAAUCAAAGUAAUCGUCCAACUGAAAAGUAGUGACUUGUGUAGUGACAUACAAAGAGAAAGGAAAAAGAAAACAUAAAAAAUCAACAUUGAUAAAUUGUGCUGCUUUGUUAUUUGAGGCUUUUUCACAAAUUGUAAUGAUGAUGAUGAUGAUGUUAUUGGUCGAAAAAUAAACGAUUGCGUCGUCUAGGACGAAAGAAAA